CUCCCAUUCAAUCCAUGCAAAUAAGUACUCCCAUAUUUAAUUUUAACAUGAUCAUAAUACCUUUGUCACCAAGUACUGUCUUCCAGUCUGGUUGGCACCCACUGAAUGGUCCAUAUUAAUCAUGGCAAAAGGGAAGAGGGCCACCAUACCCCUUGAACAUAUCCUCCCCAAAGGGUACAGAAUCAUUUUUAUGAAACCCUCCCAACUACACUCCCAAAAGAACUAAAAGAAGUACACUUUCAAACUACCCCAAUCUCCAAAAAAAAACCUCCAAAACAAACAAAUAAACAUCUCCUCCAGCUUUCAUGCUUGCUCAGCUGGCACCAGCCUUUAUCCACCCCUAUUCCCCCCACCCUACCCAACCCCAUCACUCUCACUCACAAGCAUUAUACUCUCCCACUCUUUAAAAAAAAGGCUCCUCCUAAUUCCUAAAACCCCUCUAUAUAUAUACCUCUCAAGUUCAAAAUCAUAACACAUGACACAUUAUACAUUACACAAAUCAUAGUUCUUGUUUACAAAAUUUGUUCAAAUCCCACUUGGAAAAAAAAUGGUGUGCUCUAAGAUUUUGUGGCAUGUUGGGGUACUUGUGCUUUUGAGCUCAUGCAUUGUUGCUGCUUAUGGUGGUAAUUUUCACCAAGAUUUUGAUUUAAUAUGGGGAGGAAACAAAGCCAAGGUAUUCAAUGGCGGGCAACUUCUUUCUUUGUCAUUGGACAAAGAGUCUGGCUCUGGUUUCCAAUCCAAGAAAGAAUACUUGUUUGGAAGAAUUGACAUGCAGCUUAAACUUGUUGCUGGAAAUUCUGCUGGCACUGUCACCGCAUAUUAUUUAUCUUCUCAAGGACCAACCCAUGAUGAAAUUGAUUUUGAAUUCCUUGGAAAUGUAACUGGUGAACCUUACAUUCUCCACACAAAUGUUUUUGCUCAAGGAAAAGGAGGCAGGGAACAACAAUUUUAUCUCUGGUUUGAUCCAACCAAGAAUUUCCACACUUACUCUAUCAUUUGGAAUCCCCAACACAUUGUCUUCAUGGUGGAUAACACUCCAAUUAGAGAGUUCAGAAAUGCUGAAUCACUUGGAGUUCCAUACCCAAAAAACCAGCCAAUGAGGAUUUACUCUAGCCUAUGGAAUGCUGAUGAUUGGGCUACAAGAGGAGGACUAAUUAAAACUGACUGGACAAAGGCACCCUUUAUUGCAUACUACAGGAAUUUCAAUGCACAAACAGCUACAAGCAAGGGUCAGUAUUCAAAUCAGGCAUGGCAGAAUCAACAACUCGAUGCCUCUAGCAGAAGAAGAUUGAGAUGGGUUCAGAGGAAUUUCAUGAUAUACAACUAUUGUACGGAUCACAAGCGAUUUCCUCAGGGCUUCCCCCCAGAGUGCCGAAGAUAAAGAUUCUGAUGAUGACAAGGAUGAUGAGUUGAACCUAAUCAUGAAGCAAGUUUUUGUACAAUUAUGUCUCUAAUGUAUGUUGUUUUUUUUUUUUGUUUUUUGUUUUACUCCUGUUUGAUUUGUUUGUACAAGGUUUAAUAAUUGAAUUUAUCUGCUUCUUGCUUCCACCAAGAA